AUGGCGGAUCAAGCCACCGACCCCCGUCGCGGCAGGAUCGUUCCUCGCACCACCUCGCUUGACAUCCCAACCGACACUGACAUGGACACCACCAAUACUGACCAGGACACCACUGACACCAGCAAUACCGAGAGCAGCGUGAGCGCCGUGACAGGGCGUAUGAUGAACCUAACCGUGAAUACCGACAUACCAGCUCCGGGACACUUUGCAAUCCCACCUCCUCGUUCGGCAUCUAUCAAGGAUACGGAACUACGCUCCAAAAUCAGCAUGCUCCAGGGACCUCCCGACCAAGUCGGACCUGUCAUGAACCUCCUCUACAACGUCGAGGCCCUGCAUCAGUGCAUUUCCGAAAACCCUGAGGCGUGGCCCAUUGCGGCCCUAGAUCAUGCCGGCCUCAUCGGAGUUCGCACACUCCUUACCGAGGCUCCUCCGCAUUUGCUGGCCCUAAUUCGCGUUUGCCUUCCCCCGAUGACCUCGUUUGGGACGCCGUUGCGUUUUCCAAAGGGUUUCAACACCUCGAACACUACCUACAGACCAUAA